AUGUCAAAGAAAAAUGCUAAAACUUAUGAAGCAAUGAUAUUGUCAUUACUGAAGUUUGGAAAGCAUACACUUUUAUUGGAGGUGUUAGAUGUAAUGAAAAGAAAUGAUAUGAAAGGCACAGUCUUCUUAUAUAAUGAACUGAUUCAACAUGCUGAACAACUUUGCCCAACAGAUCCAUGGUCUUAUGCUGAGGAUGUUGUGAAAUUGCAUAUGAACACAAAUCCUAUCGUUCAACCCAAUGUUGGAACGUUUCGUAGUUUGUUGAAAGUGCGUGCAAAGCAUUCUUCAUCGCCUUUUGAAGAUGUUAUGCGCAUCAUAAGGGAAAUGGUCAAUCUUGGAAUGGAGCCCUCAUUUGGAUGUUACACACAAGUGCUGAUGGCGGCCGAAAGAGAAAGGAAAGGUCUAGUUGCUGUACAUGUUGUGGUUAAUCGUCUCCUGUCUGUCAAGAAAUCUCUCUCGCCAGAGGAUUCAACUGACUAUGACUUCUUUGCGAUGGCCAUGACAAGUGUAAGAUUAAGCUUGUUGAAUUCAUUGCAAAUACUUUUUGUGCAUAUUUUACUCAUUAGUGACGUGCAACAAUGUUUCUCUAGGCUAGACAUUUUCGAGAUGGUGCGAUUGCCGGGGAACUUUUUAGAUUAUCCGAAAGAAGCAACUUUCGACAAUUUUGGCUGA